GACCCUGGCCCAGCCACAGACAGCCAGAUGGCCCUCUCAAGAAACUCCUUCUGAAGGGUGUGGCACUAGCUGCCUGGAGGCCUCAGCUGCGGUCCUGCCUGGGUCUGUGUCAGACUUGUGUGCACUAUCGCUGUCAUUGUCCCCCAUUUGUACAUGUCUGAAGGGACUUGGUGAGCCUGAGAGGCUUGGAACAUGUUGGAAGGAAAGUCGGAGGGGACAUGGCGACUGUGGAGGUGUGAGGCGGAAAUGUUGGUAUCUGACUCCGUGUGGCCUCCUUUAUUUAGCUCACAGACAACCUACUGGUGAGUGAUGGAUCAGAUAAUGACACAAAGGAUGCCUGUCAUGGUAGCUGCUGUUACUGUGUCCUACUGUGUGCUGGGUCUCACACUAAGUAUUUCACAUGCAUUGCCCACAUACCCUCUCAGCAGCCCUGGGAUGUAGGCACCCAGCGUGUUCCCUGGAGAGGGACCAGGUUUGGGGAUGAGGAGAGCAGCAGGGGCUAGGGCUGGGAAGUGGGGUGGGUGGUGACCUCUAUGUGGCAGCUACUGAUGGGGCAGUUGUCCGAGUCAAGACCUAUGAAAUGAAGUCGUUGUGUGGGGAAAUUGGAAGGGGGGAGAGGGCGGGACCAAGAAGGAGGAGGGCCCCAGUGCCAGGCCUUAGGGACAGCUGACCAGAGCACACAGAGCUAGCUAGGGAGCUGUAGUCGCCUGGCAGAGAGAGGCCGAGCCUGGCAGUGGGGGAAACUGAGGCAGGGGUGUGGCCCUGGGGACUGAUGGUCAGGGCUGGACCUACCUAGGCCAGGGUCCUGCCCUCCAGCAGGGUCCAUUAUCUACUUGAGGGAGUCUGAGUAAGGGUCUGACCUAGGGAGCAAGGGUGGACCCUGGGGGGCCUCAGUCCUGCCAUCUGACUACUGCUGUGAGCCUACCAGGUCCACUGCCCAAGACAGCAUGAGUGAACAGGAGAGGGAGACAGAGGAGGAUGAGGGAGGGGGCAUUUCAGACACAGCACCCAUGCUGCCCCGAAGGCUUCCUGACCGCCAGACGUCAGCCCUGACGUCCCCAGGGUGGGCAGGCCUGGUCACCCGAGGUCUUGGGACCCUGCCGCCGCCCAGUCAGAUUCUGGCCGGACUCCUGCUCCACCUGCUGCUGCCCGCAACCGUGUUCCUGCUGGUGCUGCUGCCGGCAGCCGCCAUCGUCUACCUGGGGUUCCUGUGCCACUCCAGGGUCCACCCGGCGCCGCACCCCGCGUGCCGCUCGCUGCUCUCAGACCGCAGCUCCACGACGCUUAUCGUGUUGGGCUUCCUCUCACUGCCUCCACUGCUGGUACUCGCUUCGGCCGCCCGCGCCCGCCUGGCCCGAUGCCUCCGCCAGCUGCUGCCUCCCCCCACUUGGAGCCCCGGACCCCGCCGCCACCCCGACGGGGAGGAGCAGCUCUGCGCCUGGUUGUGACCCCCCAGAGGCCCUCCAAAGGACCCGAGACCUCCAAAUACAAGAAGGCCCCCGAAUUCCCCUGGUGACCCCCAUAAGGUGGCCCCACUGGCGAGCUCAGGCUCUGCGUCUAGGUCCGGCGGGGAUAUCGUGCGCGUGCCUCGGGGCUCGUGCGUAGUGCUCGGAGUAGCCACGAGAUGGCACCGGACUCCCUCGGACCGAGGUUGGCCCUUCCCCACCCCCGCAGGCACCCCUGCUGCCAGAGUGGCUGGGAAGCCCCUAGGCGGAGAAAUGGCUCUCCGAGAAGGGGCCAGGCUCCGAAAGGCGGCCUACCUGGCGUCUGCCCUGAGCUCCCGCUCCCGCACAGAGGGCUGCCCCUGUGGGCUCCCAUGUCUGGUCAGUCAGCCGGCCUCCAGCGAGUUCCAGAGGUGGUGAGACUUCCACACUUCACCACAGCACGUGUUUCCAGAAGCUCAGUGGGGCCAGCAGUCCCAGGGCUUGCGGGGCUCAGCCUGUGACCAUGGUCAGGGCUCAUUCUGAGACCCAGAUUAACACUGACAUAGGCACCAGAGUGAUGGCUCAGUGUGUUGCCUCUGGAUAAUUUUAAGGUAUCUGUCUUUCACAUUUUGAAAUUUCUAGUUGUGGAUAUGUCCUUAAUUAUCCAUUUGGUCUAUGGGGUGUUUCCCGUUCCUAAGGAUUCUAUUUCAUCCGUUCUGGAGAAUUCUCAGUCAUUAUCUCUUCAAUUCGGCCUCUCAUUCAUUGUAUGUAUGCUUUCUUGGGGAACACCUAUCAAAUGAAUGCUUCACCUUUUCCUUUUAACUCCAUAUCAGCUCAUCUCUCUUUCAUGUUUUCCAUCUCAUUGUCUCUCUGUGCUGCAUUCUGGACAAUUCCUUCAUCUCCCUCUUCCAGUUCACUAAGGCAUCUGCUGAUUAACUCAUGCAUUCAAUUUUAAAUUAUUAUACUAUACUUAAAAGUUAUACUUGCUUCUUUUUCAAAUCUGAGCAUUUUUUAUGGUCUCUUGGUGGCAUGCUCAAGUUUUGGUUUCCAGCUUCAAUUUCUUGAACAUUUCACAUCGAGUUUUUUAAUAUUCUGUACCUAACAAUACCUAACAAUUCCGAUAUCUUAAGUCUUUGGGGGUCUACAUUUGUUGUGUUGUUUCUGCUGGCUCUCACUAAUAGCAUAUUGUUUCCUUGAAUGUUUGAUAAUUUUUUUUUGCUAGCCCAUAUGUGUGAAAAUUCUGAGGCCAUGAGCGCCCACCAGCCUGGCCCCCAUUAGGUCCUGCCCUGGUAGUCCUUUUGCAGUGGCCACACUGGGGUCCCUGACUACGGUGUGGCUCCCAGCACUGCGUCCGGGACACUGCUGCUUUCCCAUUUGCCUUCUUGCAUCAUCCUGGUUUCUGCUCAUUCUUCUGCUUAUUUAUUUACUUUCAGUGUUUAAUUGGGGGGGGGCGGUAUUUGGAGAUAUUUGCUUCCUUGUAAGGCCAGCAGUGUAUUAAAAUGUGUACCGCUUAUAACUGA